AAACGAAAAGAAUAAAUAAACAAUAUAUAUUUACAAAUAAUAAAAAUAAAAAAUAAAUAAAUUUAAAAAAAAUAGAAGAAAAAUGGAAAGUGAAAGUGAAAUGGCCGAUGAGGUGAAGAGGAAAAAUAUUCUCCACUGGAAUUAUCGUGAAUUAGAUGAAAUUCCAAUUGUCGUGAAGACUCACGGUGCAAAUGUGAGGGAAAUUUAUUUAAAAUGGAAUAAAUUAAAGUUUCUACCAAAUUGGAUAUUUGAAUUGGAGAAUUUGCAAAAUUUAUAUUUAGCCGGGAAUUUUAUUCAAAAAUUACCAAAGGAAAUUCAAUAUUCACGACUCACUGUUUUAGAUUUAAAUUCAAAUAAAUUGGAAUUCAUUCCAACCAGUGUUGCUUCGUUGAUAACGUUAAAAUGUUUAUUACUAGACGAUAAUUUUAUUACCAAUAUUCCAUCCGACUUCAGUCAGUUGAAGAAUUUGGAAUAUUUAUCGAUUUGUCGAAAUCAAUUGGAAAUUUUACCUGAAUGGUUGGGUUCACUCGAGAAACUUGAGGAUUUAUUUGUCGACAAUAAUAAUUUAGAAGUGCUUCCAAAUAGAUUAACUUUGGCGCCCAAAUUAUCGAAUAUUUCCAUUUGUUCGAAUAGAUUAAGAUAUUUGCCGUUAAACGGAUUUCUCUCGUCGCCAUUUAUUCGAUUCGAUGCGAAUCGUGAUUUGAAUUAUUUAUCCUAUUCACUAUUGUGUCAAUUGGUUUCGAAAAUUCGCGACUCUCUUGGCGGUGAUUUGCGGAACGUUAUUUCUCGCGGGUGUUUUCAAAAAACUACCAUUGAGUCGAAAAGUAGAAACCAAAAAUUAAAAAUUUCCCCUGACGAUUAUGAAGGAAGUGAAGAAAUUACAAUCGAAUUUCCUCCGCAACUUUUGAAAAUUCACAAAAUUUCCGAUAAUGUCGUUUGUACACUUUACGAAUUGGCUCUUCGAAAAGUCUACAAAAACAGAUUUCAUCAUACUUUAGAGAGAAGAUUAUCCCCAUUGGAAUUAAAUAUAAUCUACGAACCUCAAUGUCUCGGGAAUGAUUUUCAAUCGUUUUGUCAUUUUUUCCCAGCCACUUUAAUGGAGAACGGUCCAGUCAGUAUUUGUCUGAAUGACUAUUGUCAGGAGCCAAUUUUCACCGAAUCGUGGAUUAUAUUUCGAUUGUACUCUCAAUUCUACGAUGUUCCAACGUGUGCUCUCUUUUGCAGUUGCAGAUGCGCUUCCAGAUUUGCCAAUUGUUUCUCCGAAUCUAGAAAUCGUUAUUUCUUCAAUUAAAUAUCAAUUUUAAUAAUUUAAAAUAAUUAUUAAUUUUCAUUAUUAAUUUUAAUUAUAAUAAUUAAUUUUAAUUGUAAAAAUUAAUUUCAAUUAUAAUAAUUAAUUUUUAAUUGUAAAAAUUAAUUUCAAUUGUGAUAAUUAAUUUUAAAAUAGUAAUUCAAUUUGCCUCUCAAAAUAAAUUCGAGAAAAAAUAUUUUUUUCCUAAAGGAAAUUGAAUUCAAGAACAAAAGGAAAAAAAGAAGAAAACAUAAAAGUGUAAAAAAUGAUGAGUAUGAAAACUGGAACGAUUUUA